AGGUUAACCCAUUACUGCUGAUAAAAAACUAACCAUGAACGUAAUUACCAAUUGUAUGUUAUUUUGGGUGCUGCUUGGCGCAGCCACACCGGCGCCGCCCCGGCCGCUCCACCAGCGCCCCGAGGAAGACCAUGGCCACAGUGACUGGGUCCUCCUGCCCGACGACGACAACGGCACCCUGCACUGGGUCGACCUGAGCGCCAAGCCUGAGCCCUUCUCAGUCUCAGAGGACGACGUCACCUUCCUGCUGUACACCAGGGCGACAGGGAACAACCCGACCACCCUGAGGAUUGGCGACGCCUCGUCUCUCGGCAGCUUCGACGCCCGCCGCCGCACAGAAUUGGUAAUCCACGGCUGGAACUCCAACGGCAACAGCAUGGCUGUCGUCACGAACGCGUACCUGAGCUCCGGCCUGGACCUGAACGUGAUCGUGGUGGACUGGCGACGGCCCGCCAACCUGGUGUACCAGAGCGCCGUGGCGGCGACGCGCGAGGUGGGGGCCUUCGUCGCGCGGCUCGUCGACUUCCUGGUGGGGCGAGGCCUCCAGCCCGCCGACGUCAACAUCGUGGGCUUCAGCCUGGGCGCCCACGUGGCCGGCGUGGCCGGCCAGCGCUGCCAGAGUCGCCCCGGCCGAGUCACCGGCCUGGACCCCGCCGGGCCGAUGUGGCCCUCGGUGGACCGCCAUGACCGCCUGGACCAGGCCUCCGGCGCGCACGUGCAGGCCAUCCACACCAACGGCGGCGGCCUGGGUUUCGGCAACAACCUGGGCCACGCUGACUUCUACCCCAACGGCGGCGCCAGGCAGGAGGGCUGCGGCCUGGACCUCAUCGGGUCGUGCAGCCACGGUCGAGCCAAUCAGUUCUACGCGGAGUCCGUGCUGGGCGCAAGGUUCCUGUCCAGGGAGUGUCCCAGCUGGCAGCUCUUCAGGGACGGAGUCUGUGCGCACAACGGCGCUGCUCUCAUGGGCCACGGCAUUUCUCCGGCAUCCAGAGGUGUUUAUUUCCUUCAGACCAACGGGCAGUCCCCAUUCGCACGCGGCUGAUGUUUACAAAUGUACUAAUAAAUCUAAUAAAUCCAAAAGCAACAAUA